AUGCUAUCACUGGUGGUCCCAUUAACCGUCUAUCUGUCCAUUGGUUCGAUUUGCGGUGCUGCACUUCAACUGUAUGUGCUACCAAGAGAUUCGGUGAUUUAUAAAACUGUUGAUCGUGAAAUUCAAUUUUGUGCCGGGAAUCCAGGUUCCCUGUGUGAGGCUGUAUCAUUGAAAAAUGUCAACUGUACCAUCGAGCUGGUAGACAAUCCCAAUGAGACUUCUCUCUAUUUAGUGUUCAAACCUCGUGUGGUCAUUUCCAAUUGGCCCAUCGGAUUGUAUCAGAUCUCGUGUCGCAGUAGGCCACAAAGUAGUGUCACUUUGAACGUGAUCAAAUUGUUGCUCAAUGACACUGUCAGCUAUCUGGACUGUGCGGCCGCACCUGCGCGUAUUCGGCUGAUACAAAACAAACCCCAAUGGUUUCGUUUGUGCGUCCGACACCUGCCGGUACGCGCGAUCUGGCUCCGGCUGAUGCCCCAGUUAAAACAUGUGGGAUUUGUCACAGUGAAUUGUCAGUCGGAUAGUUCGAGGUUGGUGAUCUAUCAAGGAUUUUUGCAUAUUCCUGCCUCAAGAAAACUGGCCGGGGGCAAAUUUCUGAUCCGGUGCGGUCUAGAUGAAUGGAACAAGACACUGUAUGUAUUCGGUAAGUGUCUGGUUGCGGUGUUCGCGCUUCUCGGACUAUUCAUUCCAAUUUAUCCGUAUGUGAGUGGAUUGGUUUGCGGUUUCCGAGUCCCAGUAAAAACCGCCCGUAGUGUUCGUGAAAUUGUGCUUUUCAAUUUGAUUCAGUGGUUGCAAAACUAUGUGUUACUCGCGAGUCAUCCUCCAGUGACAUCUGUCGCCUCAACUCGACCAACAACUUCAGCUAUCGAUGUGUACACAGGGGAUCGCAGAUUGCCCCACACAGAGGACAAAAGUGAGAUCAAUCAUAUUUGUGCUCUGCUCAAUGUAAAGGAUUAUAAUGGAAGUAUACUACACUGGCAACGAUUGACCGGGAACGAGAGUUUCAAAACACACCCAUCUGCACCCGCCCCGUCCACACACUCAAUACUGUACCUUUUGGGUGAUCAGGGACAACUGGAUCCGUCCACAUUUCGUUGUUUCAUGAACAUGUCCAACGAGUGUCAUUCGAAGAUAGUCCUGAUGGCCCGAGUUCGUGUUGGAAAGAUGAUCACCUUUGAGAAACUGGAUCGAUUACAGUAUUUUGGAGAAAACAUCACGUGUUCCAGUGGCCAUUUGCCGGUUCAAAGUCAGCAAUUAAAUAUUCGUGUACUGCUCAGCUCUGUACCGUUUCCAAAAAUUCGUGGUUCUUCCGUAUCUUGGGAUCCGCUCGGACGAGUGUCAAAACGUAUUCUGAUCGAAUGCGAGGCCAGUCUGAUUUAUUUGGGUGAUGUGAUAUCACGUGAAGUGGAACAAUUCUUCACCCAAGUGACAAGUGAGUGCUCAUUGAGUUCGAGUUCUGAGCCAGAUGUCGAUUCGCCUCAACACUAA